UGUGCUUACAGAAACUCUGCAUUGUGGGAUAUCACUAAUAUCAUAAUGAAGACUUCAUUCAUUCUGCUUCUAUUUCUGAAUCUCUUUGUACUGCACUCUGGUUUUUUUAGAGAACACUACUAUGUGAGUGACGAUAAGAAGUGGAAAGAUGCACAGGAGUACUGCAGAGAUCACUACGAUGACUUAUCCACGGUCAGCGGUCCAGAUCUACAAACACUCUCUACUAAUCCUGCCCUUACAAAUACUAAAUAUUCAAUUGGACUUUACGCAGAUAAAACCAAAAAAAUCUGGAUGUGGUCUGAAGGCGGGACGGCAACUAUUAAUUACUGGCACAGUGGACAACCAAACCCUGAUAGAGACAAAUGUGGUUAUGUUGAUACAAGUGAUUCUAAAGUGCGUGAUAAUGACUGUUCUUGGAAUAUUCCAUUUUUCUGUAUGGAGGACUAUGAGCUGGUCCUGGUGAAACAGGAAAGCACAUGGGAAGAGGCUCUGGACUACUGCAGACAAAACUACCUUGAUCUGGCUAUUCUAUAUUCAGAUGUUGUGAUGACAGAGGCAAAGAAUAACAGCACAAAUGCCCAGACAGACGAACUGUGGACUGGUCUGCGUUUUUUAUCAGGCCCUUGGUUUUGGGUAAAUGGAGAGGAACUUCAAUAUAAGCACUGGUCUGGGGGGCAAGAGCUCCAGUGUCCUGCCAUGAAUCAGCGCUGUGGAGUUUAUCAUAGACAAGAGAUGGCCUGGAAACCUGAAGACUGUGAGAAGAAGCUUAACUUUCUCUGUGUGAAGAGGAAACAUUAAUGUUGAAAGACUCUUAGAAGGUUAGCCGAUAACUGUGACUGUUUAGAAAAAAUAACUCAUAAUAAGAAUUGAUAAAAAGCUUAGUUUUUUAUUAAGGCUAAAACUUGCUAAACAUGAUGAUAAAAUCAUAAUUAUGCUAUUAUUUAUUUUUAGAUUAAAUAUUAGCAGAAUGUAGUUUAAUAUUUAUCAGUAACAUGGGUAUUUGUGUUUGUUGCUUUUUUCUCCACUUGGCUGUAUUUCUGAUUUAUACUUUAAAGUUAAGUGUAAGUCAUUUGUUAUGUCUGCGCUUAAUUUGUUUCACUCUCUUUGGAUUUUGUGUUAAAGAAACAAAUGAUUUGAGCAGACUAUAGCGAUAAUUCCUCUUAUAACUUUGUGUAUUUAGAAAAAAAUAUCUUGAGCUUCAGUAAAGCCUGUAAAUAACAAAAAAAAUGGACAUCUGUUUUAUGCAA